UGGAAAUACAAGCCCGGCCUCGGCUGGCCAUGUGUGGUAACACGCUCCGCCGCUGCCACGCUAUUUAAACGCGGGCUAUGGAUCCAGGAACCCGCGCGAAUCAAUGAGAUCAAACGAGAGGGAGAUGCACCGUCAAUUACAAGCACUUGGACAAGCCUAACUUUUUUUUUUUUUUUACAAAUACGCUUCAAAAGAAACCUUAGCAACGCCCAUAUAAGAAGCCACCUCUAAGCAAAAUAGUAUAUUUAAAGCAAGGGCGAAUAUAUAUAUAUAUAACUAUAUGUAUAUAUAUAUAUAUACAAAUAUAUUACAGGCGUAACAGGUUUACACCUGGUGAGCUUUUCUUCUUUUUCUUUUUUAAAACUAGUGACAUUGCAAAGAAGGAUUCUUCCUAUCUUUUGGCGAGUUAGUUAGUCAAGGGGCUAUUCUAUUUUUUUAAAGCGCCCAAGGGGGCGCAGGGACCUCGGCGAGAAGAGUGGGGAGGAAAGAGGAGGUGGGUGGGGGGCAGAGGGCGAAUCGGCUGCGAGGGCAGGAGCUUUCCUACGGCACGAUGCCGUCCCGGCUGGUGCUCGCUUUCUCCGCGUGCGUCCUGCUCGGCUGCUCGUCGCGGGCCAGCGGCACGGGCGGCGGCGGCGGGCGCCUGGAGCCGCAGACGAUCGAGGUGCUCGUACUGUUGCCCCAGGAUAACUCGUACCUGUUCUCCCUGGCCCGGGUGCGGCCGGCCAUCGAAUACGCCCUGCGCAGCGUGGAGGGCAACGCGACCGGGCGGAGGCUUCUGCCGACCGGCACUCGCUUCCAGGUGGCCUACGAAGACUCAGACUGCGGCAAUCGCGCACUCUUCAGCCUGGUGGACCGCGUGGCGGCGGCGCGGGGCGCCAAGCCGGACCUCAUCCUGGGGCCCGUGUGCGAGUAUGCGGCGGCGCCUGUGGCCCGGCUUGCGUCGCACUGGGACCUACCUAUGCUGUCGGCCGGGGCAUUGGCCGCCGGCUUCCAGCACAAGGACACCGAGUACUCCCACCUCACGCGCGUGGCGCCCGCGUACGCCAAGAUGGGUGAGAUGAUGCUCGCUCUGUUCCGCCACCACCAAUGGAGCCGCGCCGCGCUGGUCUACAGCGACGACAAAAUGGAGCGCAACUGCUACUUCACCCUCGAGGGGGUCCACGAGGUCUUCCAGGAGGAGGGUUUGCACACGUCCGCCUACAAUUUCGAUGAAACCAAAGACUUGGACAUGGACGACAUCGUGCGCUACAUCCAGGCCAGUGAGCGAGUGGUGAUCAUGUGCGCGAGCAGCGCCACCAUCCGCGGCAUCAUGCUGGCAGCGCACCGGCUAGGGAUGACCAGCGGGGACUACGCCUUCUUCAACAUCGAGCUCUUCAACAGCUCUUCCUACGGAGAUGGCUCGUGGAGGAGAGGAGACAAACAUGACUUUGAAGCUAAGCAAGCGUACUCAUCCCUCCAAACAAUCACCCUACUGAGGACAGUGAAACCUGAGUUCGAGAAGUUUUCCAUGGAGGUGAAAAGUUCUGUUGAGAAGCAAGGGCUCAAUGAGGAGGAUUACGUUAACAUGUUUGUUGAAGGAUUCCACGACGCUAUCCUCCUCUACGUUCUGGCUUUACACGAAGUACUCAGAGCUGGUUACAGCAAGAAGGACGGAGGGAAAAUUAUCCAGCAGACUUGGAACCGAACCUUCGAAGGUAUUGCCGGGCAGGUGUCCAUAGAUGCCAACGGAGACCGGUACGGGGAUUAUUCCGUGAUCGCCAUGACCGAUGCAGAAGCGGGCACCCAGGAGGUUAUUGGUGAUUACUUUGGAAAAGAAGGUCGUUUUGAAAUGCGGCCAAAUGUCAAAUAUCCUUGGGGACCUUUAAAACUGAGAAUAGAUGAAACCAGAGUGGUGGAGCACACAAACAGCUCUCCUUGCAAAUCAUCAGGUGGCCUAGAAGAAUCGGCAGUGACAGGAAUUGUUGUGGGGGCCUUAUUAGGAGCUGGUUUGCUAAUGGCCUUCUACUUUUUCAGGAAGAAAUACAGAAUAACCAUUGAGAGACGAAGCCAGCAAGAAGAAAGUAACGUUGGAAAACAUCGGGAGUUACGGGAAGAUUCCAUCAGAUCCCAUUUUUCGGUGGCUUAAAAGGAAACCUUUUCUUUUGGCCUGAGAUUCUUUAAGGAGAUAGAUGGGAUGAAAGACAUCAAUGGAACUGAAGGGGCGCUCUUAAAGAACCCAUUCUUUUAAGCAGUUAGUCAUUUCAUUGUAAAAUUUCUUUAGAAGCUCAGGAACUAUUAUUAAUCACCAUAUGCCUCCCGGCCUUUCAUCUCAUGACAAACAAAUAUGAGAAUAUAAUGUCACUCUGUGAAAGGGAGUAUGUUUCAAGGGCAUAUGAUUCAAUUUAUGUUUUGAAAAUCAGAUGUCUCCAUAUCUUGAUGAAGUUUGGGGGCAUUUCACACAAGGCUAUAAAAUACAGUUUUCUUAAAUGAAAUAUUUUAUAGCUAGAAUAAAAUCAUCUUUACAAGUAGAAUAUUCUUGGAAAGAAUUUAACACCCAAGAAGAGGAAAAUGUAAUGAAAAAAAUCUCCCUGUUGGAAAUACAGCGUUCCUUUCUCUACCGCUGGUGGACAGAUUUGAGGUUGAGGACUGGUCUGUCCAAAGGUAAACAUUAAGUCCUGACUCCAUAUCUUGAAAAAGGAUUUUUUCCCUGUCUCCUUCUGUGUCUUCUAAAAGCUACUCUGGAAAGUUGUAACUAUUAAUGAGCUAAGAGGAUUUACACAAGGAAAGCAAAUCAAAAAUGUUUCAUUUUUUAUUGUAAACACACCCCCCAAUUUCACACUAACAUUUGAUUUUUAACUAUUUUAAUCUUGUAUUUUGCCAUUACAGAAUGUGUCUAUUUUUUCAUUUUAAAGAUUAAAUUUCACUAUAUUUUAAAAGCAUGUGUAAAGUGUGCAACAAACCAACAAUAAUGAAAGUUGCUUCUUUUUCUAGCUGUUUCCCUCUUCCAUUUGGCUAUAGCCAACUGCUAACUGCUGCUUUAGUUACAGAGAUCCAGAAAUGUAUUCAGAUUACAGACUCUUUAGGAGUACAUCAGUUUACCUGUUCUUUAUGCAAGUUAUUUUAGGGACAGACCCCUUCCAGUUCUGGCCAAAUGAUGAGCUUCAAAAUCAAGGAUGAAAUGUACUGGAAUUCAGUACGUUUUUAUAAAAGGAGGCAGCCUUUUCCUCUCAAUCACAACUUUAUAAUAGAUAAUUAGAACUUGACAGGAAGCACAGAAAUGAUAAACUUAAAAAAUGCAUACAUGACAUUUUACCAAAAUUCACAGUGAUGAUUUUGGCUCAAAAAGAGGGAAUCUAAAUAGCUACUGUAUUCCCUCUUAGUGGAGUCCACAGAGCUUUGUAGUCAUCCAUUCAUAACCGGUGUAACAGUGGGUUGGGUGUGGAUGCAAAGACUUUGUACAAAGCUGAAUUAGUAUUUACCGAAUAUGUACUUUGCACCCCAUACCAUGUGCAUAGGUUUAAACUCAGGUCACCACUUUUGUUUGUAAUGUAUUGGAGAAAAUAGUGAGGGAAGAGUGGGAAGUUGCUGGGUUAAUGUACCAUUGUUGAAUUAUGGAUCUUUCUCAAUAACAUUUGGAGCAUCUGGAAAAAAAGCUUUAAAAAUUAUCUUACUGUGUAUAAAAGACAAUGUAACGGGAGGAAGAUAGGGGAGUUUGAGCACUUCCUCGGUGAUGGAGGUUGCAGUAGUUCACACGGGUAAUGGUGGAGGCAGGUGAGCGGAAGCUGUGUGCGCAUGUUGGAAGGUGGCCGGAGUUCUCUCCCCUAGGGGAGUCUGCCUCUGUCACUCCUGCUCCAACCAGCCAAAGUGAACAGAUUGUUUCUGUGUGAGGCACAAUUUCCCUCUGUUGUUUUAAAAAUGGGAUUCAGGCAGCUGGAGAGCAUGGUAAAAGAAUGAACUAUGAUCAGCUGAAACAGCAAUGUUGUAAUUCUUCAUGCUGGAUGCAAAGGAAAAAGUUCUGAAUUCAAAACAGGAUGGAAAAAGAAGGCAGGAGAGGCAAGCUCAGAAAUUCUAAUGCAGAAAGAAAAUUUGGGAAGGAAAAUCUAGGAAACCGAAAUGUUUCACAGCUUGAGUCCUCCAUCUUAUUUUCAUUAUGUCUCUCUCAUAUUUUUCAAUGAUGUUUUCAAUAUCUUUUAGAGAUAUUCAUCUUCUAUUAUCUUGUGUUUGUAAAAAUCAUUUAAAUUUCAAGCCCAUGUUCUUAUUACAGGUGGGAGUGGGGGGAGAAUUACACUACCUGGUUGCAGUCUCUGGGUAUAAACAUUUCUAACCUGUCUAGAAUUUACAUAAAACCCAUUAACUCUAAUAUUUUUACAGCCAAUACUUUUAUUUCUACUUAAGGUAGAGGAAUAGUUGUAAACUUGAUAUUAUAGCCCCAGAUAAAAUCAUUAAAAUAAAUGAGAUUGUAGUCUUUUAAGAAUGGUAGAACAAAUCGUGGGGAUUCUUAUAACGUGGAUGCCAGUCUCUUUCAAUCUUAAAGCAGUUCUAGGUUCUUAAGAUUGAUUGCUUAUUUGCAUGUUUGUUGUCCAUUCUUUCUUCCUUGAAUUCAUCAUAUGAAAUUACCAAAACUCCUUGAAAUCUUCAAAACUCCAUUAAGUUGGAAACCUUUGCUUAAAGUGUAAGUGUUUGGCCCAAGAUUACCCUGGGUUAAGACCCCUGGAGACUAUAAUUUGAGAUUUAAGUUCCUAGCUGCUAAACAGCGUCUUUGACAACUAGUCCUUCACAUUCUGCCAGUAGUCACUUAUCACACACAAACGUAAAUUGGGCUUUAGUUCUUAAGUCAUCCUAUAAGUUUUAACCCUGAAAUCCAGAGUGUUCAGAGUUCAAAAGGGAUAUUUGAUCAGUAUUUUCUCCUCUGGCCAAACAUAAGUGACACCGAUACAGGUCAAAAUGAAUAUAUACAUUUUAUAUACACUCAUGGUGUUGGAAAUAAGUAGAGAUUUUUUGGUGAUCAUUGUUACCUUCUUAGAUUGUUUUUCCUGGACUCAGAAAUAGUAGCUUUCUCCAGAUGAUCUCUUCUAUUCAGAAAGAACUUUCUGUAUAGAGCUCAUGUCUUCCCCCCAACUGACCACAGGUUCCACAAAGAAGUCCCUGUAAACAUUGCAUUGCUCAGAAGAACCAUCAACUUGCCCUUUUCUGAACCAUAGACUUGCUUCCAUGGCUUUAAACUAGGUGUUUACAUUGCAGAAGCCAGAUUUAAUGGAGGGAGGGGAGAAAUGCAUAGAAAGAGAGUGCCUCCUUUCUCCCCUUCCUUAAAUUCUUUUGCUUUGGAAGGUCCAGUUCCUUUUCCCUGUUCACAGGCUUCUAGGAUUGUUAACUUAUUCAAGGCACCAGUGCCCUCUUUGCCCUUAAUGUACCACUUUCUUUCUGAUUUUAGGAGUGUAAGAUAUGCCUCUGGCAGUGAAAUUAAGGCCAUUGUAUAGACCCCACACAGAUGAUCAUAGGAAUUCAGCAGGUAGGUUCCAGUGGCAUCGCCACCUUCUUGUGAAUACGUAAGGGACUGUUUAGAAACUGAAAAGAACACAUACCUAUGCUUCUCGGAACACAGAGAACUCAGACCCUGAGUGGGUGUAGUUAAAAAGCCUAAAGCCAGUCAAAAUUAGGCUCCCUGAUCGAUGUUUCAUGGGUUUCGUUUAGUUAUGACCUGUUGGUCUGUGCUUCAGGAGGAAGCUGAAAAUGAGCUGAAUUUCUUCUUUGGUGGAGUAAAAUGAAGCUGUCUAAAAACACAAUAUGUUUUGAGGACAGUGUGGAAGCAUAGAGAACAAGGUGGUGCUGUUAGGAAGGCUCUGUUUCUUUUUCAGUUGAUCUUUAGAACUGCAGAAUAACCAGUAAUUUAGUCCUCUUUAACAGCCAGAGUCAGACUCAGUAAAAAGCUUGGGACACACCCUGCAAGAAUGGGGAGCCUGAUCCUCCAAAACAAACAGAAGAGUAGUGUAGCAAGCUGCCACUGUCUUUACUACCGCACCCACCUCACCCCCACCUGCGCCCCAACCAUCCCUCAUGGCUACAGAGACACCUUCGCACCUUGCCGGUGCAGGUAGAAGCUUGUGAGUAGGACCUUCAUAUUCCUCAGAGGGAAAGAAGACAAAACCGUGCUGGCUGUAAGAAUGUAGCUGCUUUUUUGAUCAGAACACUUACGGUAACUUGACCACACAUGCCCCUGGGGCAGUUCAAGCCUGUGAUGUGCAUUUAUUCCAGUCAGCCUGACUUUGGUUUUCCACAAGAAGAUCUCUCGAAUAUCUAUUGCAGGCACACUCCACAGCUAGACUCUAGGAUUAAAAUGCCUCUCAAAAGGUGCUGGAUUGGAGUUCGUUCAAAUUUUUCAUUAACCACUAAUGUUAAUUUAUACCAAAGGCAAAGCAGUUCUAAACCAGCUGAUACUGUUAAUGGCCAUGUUUUAAGCUACGUCAAACACAGGGAAAGGGCUUCAAUGGGAGCUGAGUCUCAGAAGUAAAAAUCCGUAUGUUAUAAUAGCUCUUUGAUGUAUAAAGUGUGGGAUGAUUCCUAGGGGAGAGAUUUGAAUGAGCAGAAUUAAGUUAGCAAAAAUUCUGUGUUGCUUGAGUUCACAUGUUGAAAAGACCCAGAUUGCUAUGCACAAGGAAUAAAGGGUCCUUUCACCAAGUGUAAGUCACAACAUAGACUACCAAACUGUUUUUUAUUUGCUAGGAGAACAAAGCUGUCAUAGCACAUAAUAAUUGGGCAGAGAAUGUUGAGGAAGAGGAAAAUUUGAAUUUUGAAACAGGAUCUCUUAUUUAAUAAUCAGUGCCAAGGUUUGAAAAAGUUCAGUGUUUUGUGUCUUACUUACAAGGCAGCAAUGAGAUGCCCUCGACACCCUGGAGAUGCUCUGAAUUUGCAGACCUGGGAAUCUGAGUCCUGGGAAUCUGAGCUUUGCUCCCUGUGCACAGUGAAUAACUGGAACCAGGAGCAUGUGGAAUAGAUACUGUGGAGAAUUACUUCUGCGGCCCUUGCCUUCUGGGCCACAUCAUUCAUUGUUUAUUUAAAUACACGACUACCAAACGAUACAUGAAUUUGGUAGAAAGGUAAAGUAAAAGCUGCACAAGCUAUACAAUUUAUUAUUCUAAUGUAAGUAGAACUAUCUGCAUAUAAUGUGAUUUAAUUUAUUGUUAUUUUAUGUAGAAAAUGAGAAUUAAUGACUGUGGAUAUAACCCUUGUUUUGUAUAAUAUAUUCUGUUUCUGGUGCAAACAGGUCAUUUAAACUAUCUACUUCAUUUGGUGUUUGGAUAUAAAUGUGUAUGUGUUCUUGUAAAUGUUUCUAUUAAGCAAGAAUGCCACAUGCUCACAGUGUAACAAUGUGUUCUCAUUAAAAAUACAUCCCACAGAAA